UUUGACAUUCCCGUCCAUCGUCCACACCUUUCUCUCUCUAUACCUAUCUAUCUAUCUCUCCCAAGAACAUUAUACUAUUCUAGCUAGAGUUAGGGUUUUGAUUCCUUGUUCUUCCUUUAAUAUAUUUAAUAAUAAUAAUUAUUAUUAUUAAAUAUAAACGAUGGAGAAGAGCAAUAGUGAUCAUCAUCAUCAGUCGACUAAUAUCACCCAUGACUUUAUGAGAGUAGAAUCCUUUUCUCAGUUACCCUUCAUCCGACCACCCCCUCCUCCUACUCCCCUUUUCAAAGAAAAACCCCUACGCCUCUUCGGCAUAGAAUUCAACGGUACUAUUUCUACUACUACCACCGAUUCUACCGGUGACCAAAUCCUUAACGAAUUAGAAAAUACCGACAAAGAACAAGACCAAGACGGUUCAAACCCUAACGAUGUCGCCACCGCUGCAGCAGGAGAGAUAAUGACCAUCGCCAAUGGUAACAAUAAUGGCAAUAGGAAGUUCGAGUGUCAUUAUUGUUGUAGAAACUUCCCCACUUCACAAGCUUUGGGCGGCCAUCAAAACGCUCAUAAAAGAGAACGCCAGCACGCUAAACGCGUCCAUCUCCAAUCCGCCGCCGUUCUUCACGGUGCUUUAGGUGGCUGGCCAUCGCCAAUUCCUCCCUCCUCCAUCGCUUAUCACUCAAGGUUGUACGAAAAUCAUCAUGGAUCUUACUACACUCAUCCGCCGCCAAUAAACGGGAGUCCAUUGGGUCUGUGGCGAAUCCCAACCGUCCAAACUUCUUCAUCUUUUCAUCGUGACCGUCAUUCCAUGCCCAUGUUCACGGAUCUCAACGAAUCAUUCAGGCAGCCGUCGUCGGCGCCGCCACCACCGUCUUUGAUGAUCGGAGGACCUGUAGCCGGUCCUUCGCUACGACACUUUUACAAACACAAACCGGCCGCAGUUCAAGAUCACCACGUCAGCUUGGAUCUUCACCUAUAGGCAAUUCUCUCUUCUUUCUUUCUUUUUUACAGAAUCUUAUUACAAUGCUAAUUUAUCGAUAUUACCAUUUAUUAGAUUGGAUAAGAUUUUUCUCAAGAUAGCUUAAUUAUCGUUUGACAUUGUGAGCAUUGUUAUUUUAGCGAUGUUGUACUUUCGUCUUUU